UCCAGGGAACAUGUGGGCACAGAGCUGGUCCAACAUCUAUGACUUGGCAGUACCCUUCCCUUCAGCCCCCAGGAUGGAUGCCACAGAAGCCAUGAUAAAGCAGGGCUGGACACCCCAAAGGAUGUUUAAGGAAGCAGACAAUUUCUUCACCUCCCUGGGGCUGCUGCCCGUGCCUCCCGAGUUCUGGAACAAGUCUAUGCUGGAGAAGCCGACCGACGGGCGGGAGGUGGUGUGCCACGCCUCCGCCUGGGACUUCUUCAACGGCAAGGACUUCAGGAUCAAGCAGUGCACCACUGUGAACAUGGAGGACCUGGUGGUGGCCCACCACGAAAUGGGCCACAUACAGUAUUUCAUGCAGUACAAGGACUUGCCUGUGACCUUCCGGGAGGGUGCCAACCCUGGUUUUCACGAGGCCAUUGGGGAUGUGCUGGCCCUCUCCGUGUCUACCCCCAAGCACCUGCACAAGAUCAACCUGCUGAGUAGUGGGGACGGCAGCUAUGAGGAGGACAUCAACUUUCUGAUGAAGAUGGCGCUCGACAAGGUCGCCUUUGUUCCCUUCAGCUAUCUUGUGGACCAGUGGCGCUGGAGGGUAUUUGACGGAAGCAUCACCAAGGAGAACUACAACCAGGAGUGGUGGAGCCUCAGGCUGAAGUACCAGGGCCUCUGUCCCCCAGUGGCCAGGUCUCAAGGCGACUUUGACCCAGGGGCCAAGUUCCACAUUCCUUCAAGCGUGCCAUAUAUCAGGUAUUUCGUCAGCUUCGUCAUCCAGUUCCAGUUCCACGAGGCGCUGUGUCAGGCGGCGGGCCACAAGGGCCCCCUGCACGAGUGCGACAUCUACCAGUCCCAGGAGGCCGGGAAGCGCCUGGCGGACGCCAUGAAGCUGGGCUUCAGUCGGCCGUGGCCCGAAGCCAUGCGGCUCAUCACGGGCCAGCCCAACAUGUCGGCGGCUGCCAUGAUGACCUACUUCAGGCCGCUGCUGGACUGGCUCGUGACCGAGAACAGGCGGCACGGAGAGAAGCUGGGCUGGCCUCAGUACAACUGGACGCCAAACUCAGCUCGCUUGGAAGGCUCCUUCCCGGGCUCCCGCCGUGUCAACUUCCUGGGCCUCAACCUGGAGGAGCAGCAGGCCCGCGUGGGCCAGUGGGUGCUGCUCUUCCUGGGCGUCGCCCUGCUGUUGGCCACCCUGGGCCUCACCCAGCGGCUCUUCAGCAUCCGCCACCACAGCCUCCACCAGCCCCACGGCGGGCCCCAGUUUGGCUCCGAGGUGGAGCUCAGACCCUCCUAUUGGGCUCUCCCUGGGGAAGCAGGUGUAAGAACAGGGAAAAGGAGGAAGGGUCCUGCACAGCCCUGGGAUGAUCAUACAUCCCACAAGAGAGAAAAAGGCCAAAAAUAUGAACAUAGGAGGUCAAGUCAGAAGAACACGGAGAGACAACUGUGCUUCCAGAGUCCAGAGACCCAGAGAUGUCAUUUCCUUCCAUCCAUCCAUCCUCCCACCCACCUGCUCAGAGACAAGCUCUACAAGGAGACCGUGGCAAAGGCCUUCCUGCAGUUUUAUGAGCAUACUGCCCAAAUUGUGUGGAACCAGUUCAUGGAGGCCACCUGGAACGAUGUCACCAACAUCACCAAGAAAAAUCGUGAGGAGAUGCUGGACAAGGACGUGGAGAGGUCCCAGCACACGCUGUACUUUGGCAUGUGGGCCCUCCUGUUUAAGAUCGCCAACUUCCAGGACCCAGCCGUGAAGCGCAUGCUGAGUAAGCUGCGGAACUUGGACAGGGCGGCCCUGCCCAAGGAGGAGCUCCGGGAGUACAACCAGAUUGUGGCCCACAUGGAGACCAUGUACAGCAUGGCCCAAGUGUGCCUGAAUGAGGGGCCCUGCCUGCCCCUGGAGCCAGACCUCCAAGAAGUCACGGCCACCUCCCGGGACCAGAAGGAGCUGCUGUGGGCCUGGCAGGGCUGGCGGGAUGCUGGGUCACCAGCUUCGCAGCACCUUCGAGUGCUACGUGCAGCUGUGAAGCUCAACGGUUACAAAGACAUGGGGGCCUUAUGGCGGUCCAUGUACGAGUCCGACACACUGGAAGAAGACCUGGAGCAGCUCUUCCAGGAGCUGCAGCCGCUCUACCUGAACCUGCAUGCCUAUGUGUGCCGGGCCCUGUAUCGCUUCUACGGGCCUGAGCUCAUCGAUCCGAGGGGACCCAUCCCUGCCCACGUUCUGGGCAACAUGUGGGCUCAGUCCCGGGUCGACAUCUUAGACCUGGUCCUGCCCUUCCCGGAGAAGCCCCCCGAGGACAUCACGAAGAUCAUGCGAGGCCAGGUCAGCGCUCGGCCUCCGUCUGCCCCCGUCCACUCCGCAGCCCUGAGUGGGGCCCCGCGCACUUCCUCUUCCUCACAGCAGUGGAAGUCUGAGAAAAUGUUCCAAGAGGCUGAAAAAUUCGUCACCUCCCUGGGGCUGCUUUCCACCCCUCCUGAGUUCUGGAAAAAUUCCAUGAUGGAAAGGCCAACGGACGGGCGGGAGGUGGAGUGCCACGCAUCCGCCUGGGACUUCUAGGAUGGGAAGGACUCUAGGAUAAAGAAGUGCACCAAAGUGACCACAGAAGACCUGCUCUCCAUCUUCCACCAGAUGGGCCGUAUCCAGUACUUCCUGCAGUACAAGAACCUCUCUGUGAUCUUCCGCACAGGCGCCAACCCAGCCUUUGAAGAGGCCGUGGGGUCGGUGAUCACCCUCUCGGCCUCCUCCCAUAAGCACCUGCUCAACAGAGGCCUGCUCAGCCACCAGCACCAGGACGAAGAAGAGGAGGUCAGUUUCCUGAUGAACGUUGCCCUGGAGAGGAUCGCCUUCCUCCCCUUCGCCUACCUGAUGGACCUGUUUCGCUGGAAGGUCUUUGACGGCACCAUCGAGAAGGCCGUGUACAGCCAGGAGUGGUGGAACCUCAGGUUGAAGUACCAGGGCCUGUGCCCCCUCCCUCGGACAGAGGAUGACUUUGAUCCGGGCGCCAAGUUCCACAUCUCUGCCAGCUUGCCCUACAUUCGGGAUGUCCUAAAGCUGGGCUCGAGCAAGCCCUGGCCAGAGGUCCUGCAGAAGAUAACCGGGGAGACCAAGGUGUCUACAAAGGCCCUCAUGACCUACAUCAAACCCCUGCUGAACUAGCUGGUCACCGAGAAUGUGCAGCGUGGGGAGAUCCUGGGCUGGCCAGACUUCAGCUGUUCCUUUGAAGGUUUGGCAAGGCCCUCAGCUUUGGCUUGGAAGGUGGGUGCCAGAGGCUGA